AUGGCACCAAAGCUUCUCUUAAUUCUCAUCCUUUCGCUCCUCGUCAUACUGUCCGUCGCCAAUGCGGCGACCAACGACGGCGGCGGCCUCCACCUCAUGAACGGAACCCUAGAAUGGCAGCUGGAAACCCCGUUCGAGCUGGAAGAAGAAAGUGAGGAAGAAGGCGAGCGUAGAUCUCUGUACUGGCACGCGAAAAAGUACUACAUUUCGUAUGGGGCGCUAUCGGCGAAUCGAGUGCCGUGCCCGCCGCGGUCGGGCAGAUCCUACUACACUCACAACUGCUUCAGAGCCCGCGGCCCCGUCCAUCCCUACACCAGAGGCUGCUCCGCCAUCACCCGCUGCAGAAGAUGA